AUGAAGUCGUCCCACAAGACUUUCCGUAUCAAGCGCUUUCUGGCCAAGAAACAAAAGCAAAAUAGGCCCAUUCCCCAGUGGAUCAGAAUGAAGACUGGUAACAAGAUCAGGUACAACUCCAAGAGGAGACACUGGAGGAGGACAAAGUUGGGCCUGUAA